AUGAUGCAAGGAGAGAUAACGCUAGUAUCCAGAAGCGACUCCGACAGGAUUUCCAGUCAUCUUUCCCAAAGGCAAAUUCCGAGAACCGCGGUCCUACUUUUUUCGAGCUACCUUACGCGAAUCCCCUACCUUGAAGCAGUCAUUGAAGAGACUCUUCGAUACGGUGGAGCUACAACCGCACUUCAACACUUGUCCAAGGUUGACACGCAGAUCCUAAGAUAUGACAUACCCAAGAAGAUGGAUGUCCUGUUUCUUGCCCAUGGACCGAUUGUUUUUACCCCGGGCUUUGAGAUCGACGAGAGCAAACGUAGUCAGACUUACCAGGCUGCAGGGGAGAAGAAGGGCCAAGCUUGGGAUGACCAAGAAAUUGGAGCUUUUAAACCUGAAAGAUGGCUAGGAUAG